AUGCCACGCGCAUUGUGGCCCAAAGAACAGGUUGCAAAACUUUUCGAGUACUUGGAAAAGUACCCUUCCCAAUUUCAGGACGUUGAUGCAAGAAAGACGCAUGGCUACCCAGGUGCUGCAAAGUACAUCUCUGAAAUGUUCAACGUCGAGCAUCCUUGGACGGCCCAACAGAUUGCCAAAAAGUUCUCCAAUCUAGCAUCCAGCAACAAUAUCACAACAGAAAAGCUGUUCAAAUAUGGAAGGUCCUGCUUAGAUCAGUCAGCUCUUAUUGACGAUACGCAAGCGGAUAGCGAGUCACUUGCAUCCAACACAAGUGACGUUGGAGAAAUCCGUCAUGGUACUCUGAAUGUCACUACUCUUCCCACACGGCAGCGCAAUAACACAAUUUCCAAAGCCGAGUUUCUCAACAGCAAAGAAUCUGAAAAUGCAAGUCAUUUCGUGGAAAGUGCGGGUGGGACCGAAGAACUGUUGCUCCGUGGCCCAAAGGUACAACGCCUGGGAAUGUCAGACAAAGUGGUCCGUCAAGAGAUGGGAGAUCUUUCUAACAAGAUCGCCGCUAUCGUUCGCUUCUACAGAAAAUCCGGUGCUGGGUUUGCUACAUACCCAUCAUUUCGAGUCAUCGACCAAAAACACCCCAGGCUUUGCGCUAUCACGAAGCAGGUCUUCUGCGUGGAGGGCCAGCCUUCUCUGUUUGAAAGUGUCGUGGACCUAGGUAUCAAAGUCAAACAAGAAGAACUGUUAAGGAGUCAAAUUGGAGUCGCAACACUCCGCUGGGCCUUGGACACUGAGUUCCCCGAGAUCUUCAGUGACAAAAACGUCGUGUUGCGCCGGACUCACUCAUACAUACGAGACACAUACGGCCCCCUCAUGGAGAUCGAGGUUCGACAAAAUGUGUUGCAGUCACUUAUCGAUGAAGACAACUUCCAGCGUAAUCAUUUGCUAAUUAGUGCAGCUGAGAAAGCAAAGGAUCUAGCGGAUGCUCUGUCAGUGCUACUUUCUGAUGAUCAAGACAAUGGAAAUAUCUGCAUGCCUGGAGGUGAAGGACCACCAGGAUCGUGGAGUGACCGGCAAAGGGAGAUCCGUCCUAUAUUCGAGAAAGCUCUGUCGAUAUGCUGCCAACUCAAACUGAAUAUGCUCGAUAAAUAUUCUUUUAUUUGGCCAGCGCCAGGCGACAAAUUCGACAUUGAGAAGAUGAUGACUGAAGAGCACAACGACAGUCAACUUGGUCCAGAGACGCGAGUCCGACUCACAAUUUUCCCAGGCAUUGUGGCAUAUCCCAAUAUGAAUUUCUGUAAUGGUUAUGGAAUGAACGGGACUCCAAAAUACAAUGGAAUGCGAAGCGCAAGUGGUGUCGUGGUCGCGCAGGCAUUGGUUUUAGUUCAUACACCAGGAAAGCUCUAG